AUGGUCUUUCAACUUAACGUUGCAGUUGGAGAUGCCAAGCCUGGUGAAACGGCUCCUUACCGGUGUUACCGAGUUAAGAAUGGAGCGGUUUCUCGCCCUCUUGGAUUCAAAUGCACCACAAUGUAUGAGUAUUUUAACGAGUGUGUCGCAGUGAAUGGAAAGGCAGAGAAGUGCCAGGGAUGGCGUGAUUUAAUUGAUGUUCACUACGAGAAGAAGAUGGUUAAGAAAUUGAUUGAUGGUGAAAUAACCCAAGUGGAGAAGGAGUGGAUGUACUAUGAAAAAUCUGACUAUAAGUAUGUGACAUUUGGCGAAUUACAGGAAAUUGUUAACGCCUAUGGUCGUGGUUUGAUUAAGUUGGGAAUCAAACCCAAGAAUGAGGAGAGAAUACUCCUUUUUGCUUCCACUUCUCACAAAUGGAUGAGAACAUACCUAGCUACCCAGACACAGGCCAUUGCAAUUGUCACUGCCUACGAUUCUUUGGGCAGGAAAGGUUUGACACACUGUAUGAAAGAUACCGAUUCUGUCGCCAUUUUCACUGACAACGACUUACUUAGUAAGUUGGUCAACCCUUUGAAAGAGUGCAAAUCUGUUCGUUACAUUAUCCACUCAGAUCCUCUUGAUCCUAACGAUAAGCGCGGAAACGGUCGCCUUUAUUCUGAAAGCAAGAAAUAUCACGAUGAAAUCUUGAAGGUGAGACCUGACAUUAAGUUCAUCUCCUAUGAUGAUAUUGUUAAGUUAGGUAUGGAAAACAUGGAUAUCAAGCCUUGCCCUCCGACUCCUUCUGAUAUAACAUGCAUAAUGUAUACCUCUGGAUCCACCGGUGAGCCAAAAGGUGUCGUUCUUUCCCACGCUAACUUGGUUGCUGGUGUUGGUGGGGUUGGUACUACUGCCAACCGUGAUAUUAUCAAUUCAAAGGAUAGGGUCAUCAGUUUCUUGCCUCUUGCCCAUAUCUUUGAGUUACUCUUUGAGCUACUAGGUUUCUACUGGGGUAGUGUCGGUGGAUAUGCGAGUGUGAAGACACUCUCUGAUGCAUCUUGCAGAAACUGUAAAGGUGACAUGCGUGCCUUUGAACCUACAAUCAUGGUGGGCGUUGCUGCAGUUUGGGAGACCAUCAAGAAGGGAAUUCUACACCAAAUUCAGCAACUUCCAACAUUCAAACAGAAAAUGUUUUGGGGUGCUUAUAAUACCAAAGCUGCUUGUAAAAAAUAUUCGAUUCCAUUUCUUCCUGCUUUGAUUGAUUCUAUUGUGUUCAAAAAGAUUAAACAGGCUACCGGCGGUCAUUUGCGUUGGAUCUUAAAUGGUGGUUCUCCAAUUUCCGGUGCUACCCAAAGAUUUGUCUCUUAUACGGUGGCACCAAUGUUGAUUGGUUAUGGUUUGACAGAGACUUGUGCCAACACUUGUGUUACCGAUCCAGACCACUUUGAAUUUGAUGUGGCUGGUCCAUUGGUUGGAUCCAUUACUGUCAAACUAAUUGAUGUUCCAGAGGCCGGAUAUUAUGCCAAGAAUGGACAAGGAGAGGUAUUGAUUCGUGGAGCGUCUGUCAUGCAGAGGUACUUCAAUAAUCCUAAAGAAACUGACCUAGCCUUCAAUUAUGAUAAAAACUGGUUCUCGACUGGCGAUAUUGGACAAUGGACAGAAAGCGGAUCAUUGAAAUUGGUGGAUCGUAAGAAGAACUUGGUAAAGACUCAGAACGGUGAGUACAUUGCCCUUGAGAAAUUGGAGUCGGUCUACAGAUCAAACUCUUUGAUCAAUAACAUUUGUUGUUAUGCUGACGAGACGAAGGUGAAACCAAUUGGUAUUGUUCUUCCUGAAGACAAGGCCCUGAAACAACUAAUCGUCGAAUUAGGCUUGGCCAAGGAAGGCGAUGAAAUUCAGCUCGCAGAUUUCGUUAAUAAUAAAAAGGUGACACAUGCAGUUACUAAAUCUCUUCUUGAUACCGCUAAGAAGGCAGGAUUCACGCGUAUCGAAAUGAUUCUUGGUGUUGUCAUUGUCGACGAUGACUGGACCCCUGAAAGUGGUUUUGUCACCAGUGCACAGAAAUUGCAGAGAAGAAAGAUUCUUCAGUCUGUCAAGGACCGUGUUAACACACUAUACUCGGAGAAUCUAUGA